UUUCUGCGACAUACCUGGAUAUGAUGUCGGUCGAUGUCCCCGAUUUCGGAUAAGACUACAAUACAAUCACAAGACAGAAGUAUUAAUUAAUCCUGUUUGCUAUGUUUUUCGUGACUGAACAAUCAUGCUUCAGUCAAAUUAUUGACUUUCCAAGCAGUUUAUGAAGAAGUCUAGGCCUAGCCUAGGUCGGCAAAAAAUUGCCAUCCUGCAGAAAUUGUGGCUCUGCAAUAUGGUCAGAUUGCUGAUUGCCGAUGUGAAAUUCAUGGGCUGCACGAUAUCUCAAAAACUAAUCAACUGAUAUGAAUGAAACUUUCGUGAGAGUUUAACCAAGUUACAAGGAAGAAAUUAUCAAGUGUUGUUCUCAACCAAAUUCCAGGAAUUAUUAUGGAUGACAUAUUUACCAGAUGUGUACUGAUUUUUGGCAGUUACCCAUCAUUGGGUAAUGAUCAACUUACUCUAGAUUAUCUUAAAGAAAAUGGAUUCUUCUUGGACAAAUUCAUGCCUAUCUCUGGAAGUAAUCCCAUGGCAUUGGCUAUUUUAAAAGAUCAGAAAGAUUUUGACAAGUUAUCAAAGAAGAACUAUGCAGAUGUUCACUUCAAAAAGUUUCUUACAAUUGAAGAUGAAAAAUCAGAUUUCUGCGCCAUUGAAUUGAGUACAGUCAUUACUGAACUUGCAAGAAGUUUAGAUAGUCGAGAAAUAAAACAAAAAUUGCAGGGAAGUUACACAUGUAGUGAUGGCGGUCUGUUGGUUUUUGGUGACUUGUCUGGUAUUAUGGGUCUUAUAUCAGUGCUAACUGAAAAAGUUGAAGAAUACCUCAAAGCUGUUUACAAUGCUGAGUUUGCAAAUUAUGACACAUCAAUCAAUGACUUCAUCUCACAAAGUGUUGUUGUCACAGGAUUUCCAAUAGGAACAUCUGUAGACAGGAUUAAGAUAGCUUUGCAGAAAAGGAAAGAUGGUGGUGGUGAUGUGGAAUGUAUACAUCCAGUGGGGUCACUGACAGAUAGUGCUAUUGCAGUCUUCUCAGAACGUCAUGUGGUUGAUAACUUGAAGGCUAAAGGAAUAAUGAACACUCUCAGAUUUCCGGAUCACAAACUUCAAAUCAAAGCUCUGACAGACUAUGGUGAUCUCGACCACCAAUAUAUACUUGUCAGAGGUUUCAAAAAACAUGAUGACAUUGACUCGACAAAAGACAAGCUUACUAUCAACCUACAGACGCAGGCACUUGGAGGAGGUGAUGUAAAUGACGUAAUGGUUGGUCAAGCUGGAGAUAUUGCUUUAGUUGAGUUUGAUGAUAACUCAGUUUCAGAUGGUUUGCUUCAGAAGAAGACUAUUACUGCAAAAGAUGGUGAUGUGCUUCAUUUUGGAAAGUCACUGGUGAAAUUUUUCUCAGGAUGUGUUGUUGGCAAAUUCAGUGAAUCUGCUCUUCAGGUUUUUCCAGAAAUCAAGAACACUCUGAACAAGGAAGAAGGGGUGAAAUGGAAAUGCAUUGCCCCAAACGAAUACCUAUUUUAUGCUCAAGACAGUGUGCAAGAGCUGAAAGACUUUGCUGCCAAAUACAUAAAUGAGUCAUAUGAAGGAAUGCAAGUUACAUACAGAAAAAGUGACAUUAGAUAUCCUCCAACAUAUGAGAGAGAACACAUUAAAGAAAUGCUUCCUCAAGCAAUGAUAACAGAAGAACCAGAAAUUGGAAGAUUGCCGAGCAGCGAUGUACCAAUGACUGACGAAAGCAGCACCCUCGAAGUCUGUCAAAUUGAUGAUGUCGCGUAUAAUCUGUUUGGUGAAACCAAGGUCAUAAUACAUCAUGGUGACAUCACAGAUGAAGAUGUGGAUGUGAUUGUAAAUGCUGCGAAUUGUAAUUUAGAACAUGGUGGCGGUGUUGCACUGGCUAUUGCAAAGAGAGCUGGACCAGAACUUGAAAGAGAAGGCAAUGAUAUCAUACACCGCAGGGGCUAUAGACUGCAAGUUGGUGAAGUUGUAGAGACAAUGGGUUACAAUCUGAAAGCCAGGCAUGUCAUCCAUGCUGUAGGUCCAAAUAGACAGUCCAGAUACAAAUUUAGACGUGACUUAUUUAAUACAUUUUGUAAUUGCCUGGAGCAUGCAAGCAAGCUCAAUGCAAAAUCGAUUGCCUUGCCCCUUAUCAGUGCUGGCCUGUAUGGAGGUGACUUGCAGGAAUGUGCAGAAGAGUUGGCAAAUGCAUUAAUUGCCUUAAGGAAUGGUUAUACAAAGGGUAAACAGGUUGGAUUGAAAGAGAUUAGAAUUGUAGAUAAAAAUAUAUAUGUUGCUUUAACUAUUCAGGAUGCAUUCACAGUAUUCACAAGUGAGAAAGCAAGACAAACUGAGAGUUUUGCAACAGAAGAAGAUAUGGAAUGCAUCCAAGGUGAAGUGGAAGGAGAGAGAGCAACCAGUGUAUGUAAACCAAGUGCUGCAUCGCAAGAAGUUAAAUUUACAGAUGUAGAAAACACAAAGUGUUGCCAUUGCAAAAGACCUCAUAAAAAAUUCAUCUUGGAUUGCAAUCAUGUUGUAUGUAACACUUGUUUAUCAACAAUUAGAAAAAAUGCUGGGUCCAAAAAAUGUCCGCAAUGUAAACACAGAAUUAGUGACAGAUUGCUAAAACAUUUUGAAAAUGAUGACACCAGCAGCUCUAGACUAAGAAGCUCACUGGAAGAAGGUGAACGUGAUAGUACGGAGCAGGAAAAGGACAUUUGUGUGAUCUGUCUUGAUGACCUCAGUGAUGACUUCAAGGAACUGAAGUGUAAACAUAAGUUCUGUAAAGAUUGCAUCGAUCAAGCUUUCAAAGUGAAACCAGUAUGUCCGUCUUGUGGAAUGAUUUGUGGAGAAAUGAAAGGCAACCAACCUCCAGGCACUAUGAAUACAUCCGAGAGGACAUGGGAUCUACCAGAUUAUGCUGGAUGUGGAACUAUCGAGAUCAAUUAUCAGAUUUCUUCUGGAAUACAAACAGUAUGUCAAGUAUUUAUUUUUUGACACCUUAAAAAUAUUCACUGGAGUGUUAGAUGCUACAUUAUAAUUAUGAACACCAAUAAUAAAAAAAUUAAUUACUAUUAAUAUUAUUUUAUUGAUAUUUAAUAAGAAAUUAAUAAUGAAUUA